GGGUUUUAGAGUCGCAAACCCCUGACGUUCCCUUCACCUUCACACAGAAAUGGAAGGAGUAUCAUACCAGCGCUUCCCCAGGGUGAAAAUCCGAGAGCUCAAAGAUGACUAUGCCAAAUUCGAGCUCCGAGACACCGACGCCUCCAUAGCCAACGCUCUUCGCCGCGUCAUGAUUGCUGAGGUUCCCACCAUUGCCAUCGACCUUGUCGAAAUCGAAGUUAACUCCUCUGUCCUCAACGACGAGUUCAUAGCUCACCGCCUUGGCCUCAUUCCUCUCACCAGCGAACGUGCCAUGAGCAUGCGCUUCUCCCGUGACUGUGACGCAUGCGACGGGGACGGCCAGUGCGAGUAUUGCUCAGUCGAGUUUCACCUGCGUGCUAAAUGUAUCACCGACCAAACCUUAGACGUCACGAGCAAGGACUUAUACAGCUCUGAUCACACUGUAGUUCCUGUCGAUUUCUCCGAUCCUGCAGGCUAUGAUUCACCCGAUCAGAAGGGAAUCAUCAUUGUGAAGCUUCGCCGCGGGCAAGAACUGAGGCUGAGAGCCAUCGCCAGAAAAGGGAUUGGAAAGGAUCACGCAAAAUGGUCUCCUGCGGCAACUGUAACUUUCAUGUAUGAGCCGGAUAUUCAUAUCAAUGAGGAUUUAAUGGAAACUUUGACACUUGAGGAAAAACAAAGUUGGGUCGAAAGUAGUCCUACCAAAGUGUUUGACAUCGAUCCCGUUACCCAACAGGUUGUUGUGGUUGAUCCGGAAGCAUACACAUAUGACGAUGAAGUGAUUAAGAAAGCAGAAGCUAUGGGGAAGCUCGGGCUUGUUGAUAUCAGUGCAAAGGAAGACAGUUUUAUAUUCACAGUUGAAUCAACUGGUGCAAUUAAAGCUUCUCAGUUGGUGCUCAAUGCCAUAGAAGUCCUAAAACAAAAGCUGGAUGCUGUUCGCUUGUCAGAAGAUACAGUGGAAGCUGAUGAUCAGUUUGGUGAACUGGGUGCUCAUAUGCGUGGAGGAUGAUCCAGUUUGCAAAUGGAGUUAUCAGUUUGAUUAGAUCUAUCUUUUUUGGCCUCUAAGAUAGUGAUAACCUUCCUUCUAUUUUUCUCUAACAUACUGUAUCCUAUGCUAACUGCAUCUCUUUCCUGCUUUGUACAUACAUGCAUCUCAAUGAGACAUUAACUUCUACAUACUGUAUGGGGCACCUUGCUAUUUAUUUUGGAUAUAUAAGAGAGUGCCGUAAUCUUGAUGCUCA